GUGUCCUGUGCAGAUGAUAUAUUUUUGUGUAUUAUUUUGUCGUAAAUGGAGUGUUCCAAGUCAAAUUUCGCAAUUUUAUCGUGAUAAUUCGUUGAAAAAAUGAAAAUACACAAAGUAGUGAUGAGAAAGUGUAUAACUCUAGGUUUGCUCUGCUGUCCCGUCGAAGGGCACAACUGAAGUAUUCAACAUCAUUCGAACAUAUUGGAGUUGUGUCAUGAUUUUAUUUGUUGAUUCCAAAAAAGAAACUAUAGGUAUAUAAACUAGAACAAUGUUUAGAGUUUAGUUCAAGUUGAGGAACAACCUAUAACUAGAAGGCUAUCUAUGUAUAUCCUUUUUUUCUCAACGAAGGUUCUCCACGAAGGCCUACCCCAUACGAAUUUGUUGUUGUGAAUGAAUGGAACACACGUAGUAACAUAGUAAUUGGCGAGUGUUAUUUUAUUAUUAAGGAAAGGCAAGAUAUAAACAUUUAUAUUUAAUCAGCCUGUAUGUAUGUAUUUCUUAUCUGAUGAAGUAAAUUAGUUUGUAAGACUUUGCACUUGUUUCUUAAACGAUGAACGCAAAAAAAUACAUAUAUAUGCAAAAAACCUACUACAUACCUAGAACCUCAUUUCGAAUUAAAUGAAUGCGAACUCCAUAAAUUGUGUGACAUUAGAGGCUUCGAAAUCCGGUAGCAGAACAGUCGUCUCGAUGCACGCAAAGACGUCAAGCAAUAUAUCGGACUCAGACAUCGGCGUACGUUAAGCGAAAUAAUAUAUCCGAGUGACAUCCUGGUAAUAGCGGAACUGUUGGGGAGAUAUGUAUGCGGCUGCUGGCGGCGCCAGUUUGGCAUCACGCCAGGCACGACAGAGACAACGCCAGCAAAAGAAAUCGCAGCAGCUACAAGCUAAACUACAUCCUCCCAAGGCGCCUUGCUCGUCGGUCGGAGAACAUGGCGCUUCAACGCCAACGCGUCACUCUCGACAAUUUCAUCAGCUACCGAACAACUACCUGCGAACACCUCAGGCACAGGGGCGCAAACUUAGUGCAAGUUAUACGGCGCAAUCGAAGCUUUUACUGCCAAUCGAUGAGGGCGAUACACAAUCGGUUAUGCAUAUGCGGAUGCACCCGCACCCACAUGCACAUGGACAUAGCCACCACGCCCACAGUCACAGCCAUCAGGAGCACCAGCACAUGGUUCCAUACACUGGACAUCAUCACCACGGACGCGUUUCACCGAAGCUUGUACAUCGUCAUUCGGGCAGUAGCGGAACCAGCUUUCACCAUUCCCAUCUGCCGAAAUCGGCAACUGCCACUUUGCCACUUGUCUCACAAGUCGAAGCCACACCACCGACGUCGCCAUCGGGCGUAGCCGCCGCCAAGCCGGAUGAAGCGACAGCUCUCCCACCAGCGAUAUGUCAGGAGGCAGGUAUACCUUUGGCCUAUCAUGACAGUAUUAUUGUGACGCCGGCCACGCCGAUGGCGUCGCCUGGUCACGUGGCCAAGCCUCACGAAGAACUUCCCGAUGCCGUGGCAGAAAAACAACCGCUCACCGCAGCCGCCGAUUCGUGUGAUGACGACGACCAAACGCAUCCACCCACCGGACCCCUAGAACGCAAAUGCAGUGUCUACCGUAUGAGGCGUAGCGACGCCUUCGAAUACGAUCCCCCAGCCGCCAUCACCGGGGUUCGGAGACAAUUCAAGGAACUUCAAUUCAACCAACAGAACCAACACUACGAACCCCUGCUUACCGACGAUCCGCAUCUCGUGUUUAAGGGCUUGCCAACGACCACCGUCGGUCGUAAAAUACAAAUUUGCGCCUACUGUGAGGAAGGUAUUUGCGUCUGUGAACACAUUGAGUGUGCUCAGGGAAGAGCUGCUUGGUUGGAGCGCGGACGUCGUUGCAGUGUACAGGAAGCACAACAACAAGCAACUUGCCACCGGAGAUGGGUAAAGAGAAAUCGGAUACAAGAUGCCUCUUUGGGCGGCUCCUCGGACGACGAGGAUUUUCUGGGCGUCUUAAGGGGUCCAAGUACAUUCGCAAAUGCAUUUCUUUACGUAGGACUGGGUACCAUAGCUUUGGGACUUGUUAUCGCAUUUGUUGGAACCGGCGAGAAGGGAUUUAAAACUGUUGAGCUGCGUCUCAUAGGACCAUCACUCAUCGGCCUAGGUUUCGUGUGUUGCAUGCUGAGGAUUUUGUUCUGUAUUUGUCCAUCACACUGUAUAGCGAAUAAGAAAAAUGAUCGAAAGAAAAAUGGAAAUAAAAUAGAUGCCGAUUACACCACAUCCCUGUUACGGGGUGAAAUUAAACGUGUUUCCAUCACACGAGCUCCAGGCCAACAGUCCCGCGCUGGACAUAAGAGGUCUAACAGUAAAAUGCUAAAUGAAGGCAUGGAAGCAUUACGACAGAUUGCAACCACUUCGUUAUUCAUGCAAAACGAGCAGAAGCCUAUGACAAACCGGAUAGUUCCCAUAAUAAAAGAGCCAGAAGUCGUAGCCGAAAAACUUGAUGUUGCCAAUUCCAGCAGGACAAGCAAAUCAAAUGCAAAAAAUAAAAGUGCAACGAAAGACGAAACGGAAUGUAAUGAGAGUACUGCCGUUCACAAUGCUCCUCCCACCAAUCUUGGGGAUAACACUACUACUCCGGUUAGCGGUUUCAACAGUAACAAAUUGUCGCGUCAACGUGUUUCAGUCCACCAGCAAAACUCAGCCGCUUCUUUACUACUACACAAUGGGCAGCAACCAAUGUCUUCAAAUGAUGAGACGAAUGAUCAGCAAAUGGAAACAUCUCUAAUAUUUGUAAGAAAUCCUAAUUUGGAAAAAGAAAUGCGCCCAUCUUUAAAUCCAACCACUACGUCAGCAGCUACCAGAAGGACCUGUCAGUCCUCAGUUUCCACACAUCUUUCACCGCCCGAAUCCGCAGAUAUACCUACAAUACACAGUACUAACGUUAUAAACAGCAUCAAACAAAAAACUGAAUCGUAUCAUUCAACUAGUACAGCGAGUACUUACGCCGCGGCAUUAGCUGCUGCUGCUUCGUCUCGUGGAAACUCCGAGCGAACAGAGAACCUAGUGCGAGGGCCUCUUGCAAUGCCACUGUCAAUGCUGACAGCGUCGACAUCCACAUAUGCCUUGCCCUCAUCAGCCCCCACAAUUUCUUUGACAAAGUCGAUUACGUCAAGCCCACUUCCAACGCAACCUUCUACAGCACCAUCUUUUUCUAAACAGACAGAUCCAUCCUCUCCGAUUAAUCAGCAAAUAAUGCCAGGCCAAGUGGUUGACGAAACAUUUAUGGGCCGAACGAUAUGUGGCUCUGACGUAAAAAGCAGCGAAACGCCUCAAGGAAACCCGAUAUUAAAGUUUCCAGCAUCUACCAUGUUAUCUUCCACAUAUUCAGGAAGUUCGUCGACGCUCUCGCCCAACAGCCUGGUUGGUUCCACGUCAUUCUCUGUUUCCUCGUCAUUACCUACUCCAUUAGGUAAAUUUGAACCUGAGAUUUUGCUGAGUCCUGCCAAACUUGGCCAAUAAUUCAUUCCAAACGACCAUAGUCUUAUGUAGUCAUAUAUGUACUCCGUCACCUGUUAAUCUUAUACAAAUCAAUGUCGCGCUAGGUAUCAUAAAAGUCAUAGACAUUUAGGCAAAAUACGCUAACGGUACUUGGGUACUCAUUAGUUUAAAGCUUAAUGCAUCAAGUAAUAUAAAUGUUGCAAACAUUAAUUUAUUGUUAUGCGUUUCGAAAUACAUUCAAACAUAAAUCUGAGGUUAAGGUCAUUAGCAAGGAAUUAUCUCAACAUUCACAUUCUUGUGGGCUUGGCCACUUAACUUGUUUGCCGUUCACAUGUUUGAAUGCAUUUCGAAUGAUUAGCAGCAAUUGGGGAAAGGACAUAGAAGUUCUCAUUAGCACAUCUUGAAGAGGUUAGUUUUUUUAGGUAGUUAGUAAAAUUGUUCAUGACAAAUCCCCCGACUGUUACAUUUGAUUAUUUCUCAUUUUACUCAUGAUUUUCGUUUAAAACAACAUGUCUAGUUAACGAGCGAGGAACCACAUCUUAUCGAUCCAUCCGAACACACACGAACCACAUAGAUAGACAUAAGUUAAAUACUGUGCAACAUUGCUUAAAACCUGUGAUUUGAUUUCGAUUUGUUUGUUUACAACGACAACCAUUCAUAGUUUUGUUUGUUAUACCAUUAAUCGCUCUCGUUACGCCAUCUUACGUCUAGAAAUACAUAUAUCGUGUUGCAUUAUAAAUAUAAUAGUUAUUAUUAAAUAAUUUUACUGUACACAACAAGAGUAUAUAUGUAUGCCUAAAAAGAAACCCGAAGACAUGUAAAACUUAAA